AUGACGAACCUAGAGGCCGGAAUGAGCAGCGAUGGUGCAGUAGGAGGGGAGUAUCAAGUGUUCCUGAGUUUUAGAGGACCGGACACUCGUCAUGGAUUCACCAACUGUCUCUAUCACGCCUUGGUAGAUGCAGGAAUCCGCGUCUUCAGGGACGAUGAUGAACUCCGUGUUGGGGAAGUGAUUGGUGGAGAGUUGCUUCGGACCAUCGACAACUCCAUACUCUACAUACCUAUCUUUUCUCAAAGCUACGCUACUAGUAAAUGGUGCCUCCGAGAGCUCACUAGGAUAGUGGAGAACACAGACGCCUCUAAUAGAUCUGAGGGGAUUAAGAAGAAGAUACUUCCCAUUUUCUUCGACGUGGAACCUGAAGAUGUGAAGCUUAAAACGUCAUCGUAUAGUGAUGCCCUGCUGGAGCAUGAGAAGAAGGUCCCUGAGGAAGUCAAGGCAUGGCGAAAGGCUCUUGUGCAGGUAGAUGAAAUCAAGGGGUGGAAUCUGAACAAGGAUGAAGGCCAGGGACAUCUUAUCAAGUUGGUUGUUGAAGAGGUUCUGGAUAAUUUGAAGAUAAAGCAUAAACCUGUGACUGAACAUUUAGUUGGACUCCCUGAUCGGGUAGUAGAUGUCAUGAAAUUACUAGACAUCAACUCUGGUGAUGUGCGGCUAAUUGGAAUUCAUGGAAUGGGUGGUAUUGGUAAAACAACGCUAGCCAAGAUCAUCUUCAACCAACUAUCUUCGCACUUUGGAAAGCGACGCAGCUUCCUUGAAGACAUUCGCGAAGAGUCGAGGAAGGAUAGCUUAGUCAAGUUGCAGGAGAAAUUGCUGUCCGAAAUUAUUAAUUCUAAAGUAAUAGAAAGAAUUCCUGAUGCUGAUUAUGGCAUGAGGAGGACCGGAGAAAUUCUUUGCAAUAAGAUGGUUCUCAUAGUUCUUGAUGACGUUGACAAGGGCGAACAAAUCGAGAAACUACUAGGAAAAUACUCUCUGUAUCCAGGAACUAGGAUAAUUGUUACGACUAGGAAUACGGGGAAAUUGUCUCUACUACCGGAGGGCUUCCUUUGGCUCUUGAAGUGA